UGGACAGCGUCUGCUGAGACACCCAGGAGGGAGGCAUGCUUCAGGGCCCGAACAAGCGAAGCUCUCCGGGUUGCCAUGCUGUCCUAGAACGACAACCAAUCCAUCCCACCUCAACCUGUGGCUAAAAUAACAGCACGAAAUGAUCAGCAGCAGCAGUAACAGCAGUAGCGUCUAUGGGUUGAAGAUGCAGUGGCAUCCCGAGCAAAGCCAGUGGGCCGAACAGCAUUUUGACAUCUCCUCGACCACAUGCUCGCCGGCCCACAAGGCGGAGCCGUACCGCGUGCUACCCGGCCACCUCCAGUGCUCCGUCGCUUACCAGUACGCCUGGGCGAACGAUGACAUCUCAGCCCUCACCGCCUCGAACAUGCUGAAGAAAUACGCGGAGAAAUAUUCCGGCAUCCUGGAAUUGCCCGUCUCAUACCCCGAAGCCCCCAGUGUCCCAGGAGGGAUGAACGGACGGAAAGGUGAAUCGGAAUCCUGGCAGGACGGCGUCUAUCCUAUGAGCUGCAUACCUGAGGGGGUUCCCGUCCGCAAGGGAGGUGUUACAGCAGCUUCUGAGGUGCUAACUGGUUUGUGUAGCUCUCCCGGUCUUGCCUCCAGCACUCUGAGUGAGCCCAUCUUCUCCAGUAGCAGUUGCGGGAGCCACCCUACCACCACACUCCACUCGUCCUCAUUGCCUUCUCAGGAAUUUGAUGUCACUUACAGCGGUUCCUACUUGCACACUAGUUACAAUUCCCAAGCUGUCCCUGCCCCUGCACAUCCUGCCCCAUUGCACAGCUCUGGCCUCCUGCAACCACCUCCACCGCCAUCUCACUCGACAUUAGUGCCAGCGUACAACGGAGGCUCCCCAAACCUGUCUGGUUAUAAUUACACCCCUGCGGCAUACCCUGCCCAGAGCUCAGUCGGACCUGGAUACAACAGUGGAGGAGUGGCCCGACCGUCUUCAUACCUCCCCUCAGGCAUUGCUGCACCGACACCCCUUCCCCCUUAUCCAUACCACAACCAUAACUUGACCCCAAUCGCCCCAAGCCCUCUCAACAGUUGCCCCUCCAACUUGCUGAAGAGGAAAGCCUUCUACGUGACAGGCCAAGGAGAUAUGGAAUCCUCUUAUGCAAACUUUGGCUACGACCAGACUCGAAGCGCGACCGAAAGCCCAAUGUACAGAGUGGCAGACAGCAGCAGCACAAACAGAAACUGUCGCAGUCCCGUCGGUAGUGGUUUUAAUCAUAAUUCUGAGAAGCCAUUUAAUCCACAGAAGCAGUCCACGCUGCCUUCGGAGGAGCAGCAGCAUAGGAAGUACAGCAGCCGGGCAACCCCCAACCCACUGUCUCCAUCCGCCUACGUCACUUCGUCACUCGGGGGUUCCCGCAUGGCCGACUCUCUCGUCAACUUUAUAUCCCCGCCCCUCAGAGAGCAAAGUGCGGAAGAUCAUCAUAUCCAUCACUCCCACUCAGGUGCUCCCUCCUCUUCAACCGUGUGCUCCUCACGCUCUGCUGAAGAGCAACUGAAAACCUGUGACCCGCACCUUUUGGACAUGGUCACCUCUGAAAUUGUUCAACAGGGCCCUCCCAUGGACUGGAGUGACAUUGCAGGCUUGGAAUCGGCCAAAGCCACCCUGAAAGAGGAGGUUCUCUGGCCCAUUUUACGCCCUGACAUGUUCAGAUCCUUAGGCGCCAGUCCACGUUGUGUGCUGCUGUUUGGCCCGCGAGGCAGUGGCAGGACGUUGCUAGGACGUUGCCUGGCCAUCCAGCUUGGGGCAUCGUUACUUCGACUCAGCGCGUCGACUUUAGUCACCAAGUGGCUGACGGAUGGCAAGGACAUUAUCAGAGCGUCCUUCCUGGUAGCUCGCUGCCGUCAACCCUCUGUCCUGUUCAUUAGUGAGGUGGACGUGCUUCUAGCGGCACACCUCACUGAAGAAAGUCCCGUCAACAGACUAAAGGGGGAGCUACUUUCCCAGCUGGACUCACUUUUAAUGGGCUCCGGUGUGGACGGAAGACACCAAGUAUUAGUGGUUUGCUCCACAAGUAGACCCCAGGACAUAGACGAGGGGUUGCAUAGGUACUUUGCUCGGCGGGUUUUGGUAUCCCUGCCUGACAGUGCAGCUCGCCACCAGAUGGUCAGCCAGUUCCUCGCCCAAUACCAGCACAAAUACUGCAUGAGUGACGAGGAGCUAGCACUGCUUGUCCAGCGCACCGAGGGUUUCUCGGGACUUGACCUGUCCAGACUUUGCCAGGAAGCCCACGUGGGUCUGUUACACAUCUCCACGCAACAGGGCAUGGAGAUGGCCAAUAUGAUUCGGCCACUGACCUACCAGGACUUUGAAAGGGUCUUUUGUAAAUUCUGCGCCAGUGUCUCGCAAAAAGAGAUAGAUGUGCACACUGAGUGGAACAAAAUGUUUGGAUGCAGACAAUGAAAUGCAGACGUCUUUGAUGUAAACAUUGUACUGGAGUGGGAAAACCAACAACAACAGUAAGGGCCUCACGGAAAAUCAUUCACACCACAGGAUUUGUAUAUACACUGUCCUAGGGGUGUAACGCUAAGCUACAUGUAUCUGAUUGUGUAUUCUUCGCUACAGAAGACUAUCCAAAGAGUCACCCAGCUUCCCUGGUUUCAUGCUAGUCAAACGCUAAGUGGUAAGCUAACUUGCUAUUGACAGCCUAGCGUGUUAGCUUGAAGUCUUUACAAGUACUAUUAACGCUACAAAGGUUUGAGGAGUGACAUGUAACACAGAGCCAAUGAGAGCGGCACACAAGACACGCUAACUGCCAAAGCUAACGUCGAUGUAAUGUUGCAAAUCAACAAGGAAAGGAGUAUUUGAACUGCAAAUCAUUUUACAGCGGAACAUAUCAACCUACAAACUGUAAAUGAGAAAUGAUAGUGAUUAAGAGAGAAAAGAGAGCAAUGCAGUAAACACACAAAUGGAAAUGAAUCAAUAUGUUUAAACAGUACAUUCUUGAAAAUGGACUUAGCGUUACACCCCUCGUCUAUCUGAGUUUUAACAAAUCUAUUAGACCAUCUGGCAUUAUGAAGUGCUUGAAUGCUGAUUUUUCCAUUUGAGUGAGUUAUCAAACAGCGCUAAUUAAUGAAGCAUUUCAUUCAGUCGCUAAAAGACUUUUUUGGAGACGAAUGUUCGAAAAAUAAUUAGAAUUUGACAUCGGAAUCAAGGACAAACAUAUUAGUGUUCUUUUUGCCAGCAAAUUUGCUCCGUUAUAGAUUGGAAAAUUCCUGGAUAAUUCUGCAUGACAAACAUUUGAUUCAAAAAGAUUACAAACGAAGGAAGCGCAAAAACAACAUUUUGGAAAUUUGGUGGCAAUUGACCAUAAACCUCACAACUUGUGGUGGGCUGAUAAAUUUGUAUAGCACUGUCUAUAUAUAUAUUGCAUAUAUAUACUGUUCAUGCAAGUAUUUAUUUAUACAAUAUUGUUUAUUUAACUAACUGUAAAGUGGAAAACAUUUGAGUUUGACAUUAAAAAGUAAAUAUGGUAUUUUCAUUUUGCUUCUGCCAUCAUGUUAUGUAGAGUUGUCAUCGCUAACUAGUAUCAAUGUAGUCUUGGAAUAUAGAAGCCAAAUCCCAAACGGAGUGUGGAUGAUGUUUUAAGCUUGCUGUCAAACCCAAAUGUUUUCAUUGACAGCAAAAAUAAAGAAAUCAGAUCAAUCCUCCAGGAGAUGGCUACAUAAGAGAUGAAGUUGCUGAUCCAAGUGCCUGAAGUGAUGCUUUCUGAUUCCAUUUAUACCAUAGUUGACAUUCCUAGAUGGAAUUGAUGUCAAAUUUUGAGCUUUAAAUCAGCGUGUUUAACAAUUGACAGUCAAAUUGUUUACGCUUUUAUCGGCGCAACAAUAUUCUUGGCCCUGAUUCCCUCCAACCAAGCAAAAAUUUGUGAAACCUACUGUCAUCUCAAAAUAGAAAUGCGGAUAGAUCGGACAUACGAUGUACCGUAUUUUCCGGACUAUAAGGCGCACCGGUCUAUAAGGCGCACCUUCAAUGAAUGGCCCAUUUUAAAACUUUGUCCUUAUAUAAGGCGCACCGGACUAUAAGGCGCACCAUGUCAGAUUUUUAAUCAUUCUCCAUUUUAUCUUUUUUAUUUCAACUUCAGACAGAACAAAUGACUUUAUAAUCAUAAAAUAAUGAUCCAUAGUCUUUUUGAGUCAUGAUUCAUAGUCUUCAGCGGGCCACUUAUGAUUUAUUUCAUGACAGAAUGCUUUGGGCCAGUUUAAAUUUGGGAAUUUGGUCCAUAUAUAAGGCGCACCGGACUAUAAGGCGCACUGUUGGUUUUUGAGAACAUUUUAGGUUUUUAGGUGCGCCUUAUAGUCCGGAAAAUACGGUACUUAAAAUGAAAUUUCAUAACUAUUGGGUUGAUUAACCCCUCUAGCUUUUGUCCAUCCGUAGGUGCCCUAAGGCAGAAAUGACAACAAUGGCCAAUGAAGAAAAAGCUUUAUUAUUAUUUUUUUCUCUGUCUACAAGGCAAAUUUGUUUACACCUCCCAAAAGUUAGCCAACUCACUGACCUCACUGAGCGUUUUGCAUGUACAAGGUACAGUUUUAAAAUGUCUGUUUUUGUUUAAAUAUGUGUUUGUGUCGACCAGUCCAAGGUGGUUGCAAAACUGGCAAACUACACCGGUGACAAUGAAUGUACAGCACUUAAAAUGUUCCCCAUUGAUGAAAUUGUACCAAUAAUGACAUGUUUUUAAAUCAAUGUUGUCAAUUUGAACCAUUGACAAAAUAGUUACACAUAUUUGCUAAAUCGUGAAAUUUGUGGAGAAAAUGGAGAAUAUUUCUUUUUUUCUUCAUGUCCAUUGUGUUGCACUGAAAUGUAUUUUGGGAGGAAUUCUGCUCCGUCAAUGCCUUCCAACAUUAUAUCAGUAAGUCUCGUGUUUUAUUUUAACCUCUGAUGUAAAAAAAUUUAAAUAAAAUUGGAAAAAAGUGCGCCGCAUUGUGUUGCAGCUACAGUUGAUGGGUAGGAAAGACAAAAGACGAGGAGUAGUGCUGUGAUCCAUCAGAGCAGAACACAAAGUGAAAUGCCGAAAAGAAAACCUUUUUUUUUUUUUCCCCCUACCUCAAGGCUAGUUUACUGUAAUUCUUUCAAAAUAUCGCAGAUUUAGGAUCAAAUGCGUUAAAAAAAAAAAUAGUAACAACAAAAUGGAACAUUUGGUGCAGUCGGAACUUUUCCCCAUCUCAUCCAUUUUGCAUUCCACUGAUGCUUUCACAGAAACACACAUUCGUUUUUACGUCUAAUCUUUUGCGAGCAGUCAUUGUGUAUAUACCUGAGCACCUUUUUGACACUUAUUUACAUUUUUUAUUUUGUUUGGCUGUUAAAUCUGACCAGUAAAACACACCUGCUCAACAUUUAACCGCUGUGUCGUGUUUGUUGUAAAUACAUGAAAAUCCAAAUGUGCACUUAUGAGUUUUCAUUUACUGCCCUUCUUGUUGCCAGUAAAUUAUACUAUUUUAAUAUACAUCAUUCGGAUAUUCAGAAUGUGAAACGAAAAUUUUGUUGAACGGCUGUUUGUAUCAGUACACGAAAUUUCAACGUCUUUUUGAUGAAGUUGUGACUUUUUUUUGGGGGGGGGGGUGAAAAUAGAUUAGUAGUAGCAGCAGAGACGGCAGCAAAUCAAAAGUCUUUUCAAGGGAAAAAAAAAAAAGAUAAAGAAUUUCGGGGACAAUGAAGAAAUGAAAGGUGUCCAAUGGGUGACAAAUAGAAGUGGUGAUAUUUCGUUGGGAACAAAAAGGAUCGGCAGCUUGAUUUUUAAACAGAGUUACGUACUGCAGUUUGACACAACCAAAGCUUUCAAGUGUAAACAAUGCUUCAAGUGUGUACAG